GUCAAAAAAAGAAGAAAAAUAAACCGUUCCCCCAAAUCGAUCGAUCGAUCCAUCCAUCUUAACCUAGGAUUCCGGCGACGCCAUGGCCAACCUGAGAGCCGCCGCCAGCACCGGCCGUCUCCGCGUCUACGGCACGUCGCUGUCCGAUGAUGGCGCCCUGCCGUGGGAGGAGAGGGAGCAGGACACAUCACUCCUCCUCCUCCAGAUCGGGAACCACUUCAAGGCGGCCAUCAAGUCUCUCACCGAGGGGUCCAACUCCGAUCUGCUGCGGCUCCUCGAGAAGGCGACCUGCGUCGGCCUACUCGAUCCGGUCACCAACAUAGUCAUGAGCGCCACGCUUGCCCCCAUCGCAGAUCCCGUCGACGAGACCAUGCUCGUGGGCAUGGCGCAGCGCUCCUUCGAUGGCCUCGUCGCCUUCCUCACAUGCUUCUUUCCUCACCUCACCGACUGGGACGCCGUCAGGUACCUUGUCCUCGCCGAAGCCGACCCCCUCGUUGCCGCGCUCAUCGUCAUCGAGGACCGCCGCACCAAGUGCUUCCGCCCAGGCUCCGCCGCCACCAACGGCGCCCUCAAGCUCGCUCUCAACUGCGCAACGGUGGCCGCCAAGUACCCGUUGCCGUCGGUACUCGCAGGCGUGUGGCUGUCGCUGUGCUCCUCCCAGGACUCCAAUGACGUGGUCGUCGCCUUGCUCUCGGCGUUGCAGCAUAAUCAAUCCUCAGACAUUUCCCACAAGUUGGUCAAGCAGAUAGCAUCUCUCCCUUUUCCUGCUCCUGGUAGCAGCAACCUUCUCGAACCAUGGGAGCUUGCCGCCCGCCGCAGGAAGCACACCACCAAGGUGACCCACCAGUAUUCCUGGUCACUGAGGCGAGUGCUCCUACAUACGAUCCAUGGUUUCUACCUGCAGGCACUCGCCAGGAUGCCGGGUGGCGAGCUGCGGUCUCGUUACCACCGUAGCAUGCUCAAGGCUGGCCAUUGCUAUGGCCCUUUUGAUCCUGUCACCAAUAUCAUCGUCAACACCAUCUGGUACGAAGUCACAUUCCCACCACUGAGUCAACUGGACGAGCUCGACAUUCUUGGCACCUUGAACCUAAUGCGGAUUGAAGCACAAUCCUUUUACGGACUUGUCUCUUUCCUCUGCACCCGUGACAAAGAUCUCAACUCCGAUCAGGCCAUAAGGUUCUUGCUCGACACGGAUCUCGACUUGGCCGCGACAAAGCACUGCAGCACUGUCCAGGAUGAACAAGAAGCCUUCAGAGCUGCUGCAACUGCGGCAUGGCACCCCAUACCUGAUGCCCAAGUAGCAUUCCUCAGCUCCUGCAAGACGCCUGCAGUCCUCUCACUGCUGUCAGAUAAUGGAGGUCAACAACAGCUCUCUUCUCAAUGUGUCCAGCAGCUUGCCAUGCUAUUGUCAUCUGCUUUCCGUUCCACUGGCAUGUUAGCCCAUCAGAAGCAACCAGUUGCCAUUUAUAGACGACGGUUCGAGCUUACCAUGUAUGAGGGACGUAUACAGCGAAGGGCUCAUAAAAGAAUCUCCAGAAAGAUCAGGGCUGCACUAAGCAGAUAUGAGGUGCAGAAUUCGGAACAAGGCUGUUAUCAGCUUCAUGUGGUCUGCGGCGUGAAUACAUAUGUGUCUGGUCCUGACAAUAGUAUGCACUCCAUCAUGUUGCAAAAGAAAAAAGACCCUGUUGAAGAUGACUACUACCAUCACACACAUGCCAACUUUCUGGUGACCCGGAAUGUUGGCUCUGUAGGUUCAGUUCCAGUACUCUUCUUUGCUGAGCUUAGCAACAAGAACGACGACCAGGAUAGCCAGCUUCUAUGCUGCCCAGUGGAGUUUCCACUACCAGGGGCUGAACCAGUGCGCUGCCUUUUCUGCGAGCAAGAAGGGAUCAGGAUUGUACACCCGGCUAAUGGGGAGGGAUUCCAUGGGCACGAGGUGGAGUUUGGGAAGAUGGUUCGCGGGGAAGAUUUAUUCGAAAAUGUCGACUAUCCAGAGGAGUACGACAAUGAUCGCAUACUAACUAAUAGCGAAUUUGUUACGGACACUGUGGCCGAUGGACUCGAUGAGGACUGCAUGUACCUUGGUAGCAAUGACUUCACCAUCAAGGAAUCCGACGGUCAUGAGUGGGAUGAGUAUGGAGAGGAGUAGUAUAUACAGUGAACGGUCUUGUGAAAGGAGGUGAUGGUCAAUCAGUUGAUGGCGAUGCUGAUGCCUGACGCAGUGCUGUAGUUCUUCUGCUCCUUUGAACGUUGUGGUCCUUUGGUCUCUAGUUUUCUCUGCUGUACUGAACUCUAAUGUUGCUCCGUUGAGGGCACUUUUCCAUUCCCAAUUUGCUGCUCUUGUAAGAAGUAAAAAAUCUCGGUUGAACGACUAAUGGAACAGGGGUUACCCUGGUUGGAUAGAA